GACGUUGUGAAGUGAAGUUCAAGCCAAAAUAGACUUUGAGACAUCGAUAUAAAAUUCAAAAUUCGCGGAUCUAAUACGGAGGCUCGUGAAAUCCGAAGAAAGGUUUCUUAGAAGAGACAAAAUAUUGCGUUACAAAGAACCUAAUUUGAUUCGCAACAAACGAAAUAAAAGAAAUUCGUUUAUUGAUCUUCCAGGCAAAUUUACCUCUUACAAGUCAGUAUAAUAAAUAGAAAGACUACCUAUUGCCAUACUUAAUAUUACCUUUACACUAUUGUUUUAUCAAUUCAUUCUUUCAUAUUUAAUUCUCUAAACAAAAUAUUAUCUUAAAACGACUAAUAUAUUUUUGAAUUCUCAGUGGCCUCCAAUUACUAUAAUUGAUUGAUGGAUCUUAUAUAAGCAAUGUUAAUGUAAUCAAUAUCUUCCGCUGUUUAUUCUCUAGGCCUGAGGAUAUCACAAAAGAACCGUCAUUGGCGAAUCUUUAGUUCAAUUAUUAGAUUUUAUAGAAAUAUAUAAAGUUAGCUAAAACAUAAGUUCAAAAAUCUUUACAGAAUUUAAAUAAGGCUUAAAGCUUUAUGAAAAAUAAACUAAACAAAAGCAAACUGUUACAUCCUGUUACCUCCCUGAUAAGUGAAAAAGAAACUUAACCUCAAACAGGUGACAAAGUGGCGAAACAUCAUUAACUACCUUUUAACUAAGUAAAAAAACAAUAAGAGAAUAAAAACCUCCAUAAUAUAACAAUUGACCAACAUAAGUGACAGUGACUCGUCUGUCAGUGACUCGUCUGACAGUGACUCGUCAACAAGUGAAGUGUCAGUGACGUGCGCGGGUGGCAGUGACAUGUACUGAGGUGUUUUGAUGGUGGUUCUGCGGUUACCACGAAUGCGGGCGGACGGCCCUCCCGGCCGGCAGGUCAAUGACAUCGCCGGCACUCUGUGUGCUGUUCCUGGCACUAUUGUCAUCAUCAUCGAGCAAAACACAGAACCCAUCAGCUGAUCAUGACCUCGCUCUGAGCCCUGACGUCCAAACAUACCGGGACAACGUCGACGAGAUGAUAAGCGAAGAUAGUCCAAUCAUCACAAACCUGGCAGCACAUAGACUAUACCUAAACAAAUACAGAGAACAGAAGAUGAGGAAUUUCGAUGAUAGCGAAGUGCUUUCGAGGAAUAAAAGGGAGACAGAUAACUAUAAAUGCGAAGCGUUUACGUACAACGAUAAAGAUAGUGGAAGGGAUAUCUGGCACCCUCAUCCGAGGAAUAGCUCUUAUUAUUACAAUAGUACGGAUUGUGUUACUGUUAUAAAUGCUACUGAAGGUCAGAUAAUAGAGUUGAUAUUUGUGGACGUGUUUCGCAUAGAAUCGCAUCCAGAAUGCGCGUACGACUAUUUAGAAAUCAGAGACGGUCUUCAAGGCUACUCCAAACUGCUGAGCAAGCUCUGUGGCACAGCAUUUCCUAGACAAAUCAGUACGACAGGACCCAACGCCUGGCUGAAGUUCCAUUCAGACGACACCAUCGAGUACGAAGGCUUUCACAUUAAUAUCAGCUUUAAGGCUGGCGCUAGUCACAGCAUACCAGCCUCCUGCUAUAUCCCAGUGGAAGGAAGCCAUGGAGUAAUCGACUCGUCGGAUAUUGACGAGAAAUGCAAAACUGGCAGCCUUAACCAUGCCCUAGACGUUUUGUGGAUUAUAAAAGCACCUGAGAAUAUGAAGAUAUAUCUAAAUUUCACAUCGUAUUCGUUGGCGCAACCUAAUGAGUGUGAAGAGAACGUCAUACAAGUGUUUGGUUCAGUCUUAGAACUGGACUCUAAAUUGGCGCACUACUGCGGCUCCAUGGCCAAUUCCGUCACAACUAAGGAUGACGGUAAAGGCCCAACUAACAUCAUGCAUGUACGACUCUACGCGUCCAAAACUGCUAAGGAUAAGACCUCGUUUAACGCUAACUUCACUUCCUAUCGAACCAUGGAUCCUGGUAAAGAUGAUAAAUGUAGCGAAACGGAAUUCGACUGCGAAGACAACACUUGCAUUAACAUCACAUUGAAAUGCGACGCGUACGCCAACUGCAGGCUAAAAGCUGACGAGGACAUCGAAUUGUGUAAGACGGAAACGGAAUCAGUGAUCAAAAAGACGCACAUAAUGGUAAUUCUGGUGAUCUUCUCUCUCAUCCUAUCGGGAAUGAGCUUCGUGUUCCUUUUUAAGUGUAUAAGGAAACUGUAUCAGGACCACAAGAUUAUAAAGGAGCACAUAAGACAGUCCUGCGAAGACCGCCUAGACAGUCUGGUGGGUAGCCGCCUAACUUUGGACCCUAAACGGCUGCAGAGAGACAGCGAGCCUCGUGCCAGUCUCGAAAGAGAGAACCACGCCAACAAGAUGUUCCAACAACAACGAAGUUUCUCGAAACCUAAGCAAUCCAGUAUAGACUCUGACUACAUCCAAGAAACUCACUUGGAUAUAGACGAUGAACCCUGGAGAAGAGAAGUAGACAGCGUCCCCAUAGAAGCAGAUGAUAUUAGAAUAGAAAGAAACGGAAGAACCAGGCGCAGCGAUAUGAGUAGAAAAGAAGAGUCCAUCAGGAGUAAGAGGAAAGAGAGCGAAGAUGUGCGGGAGAAGAAGCAGAUUAGAGAUGUGUCUGUUGGCGCCCCUGAUACCAAGGAAUCGGGAUGUCAGACCAGGGAAAGUUUGUUCCAGACGGACCCACCACCAAGUUCAGAUGGUUCUGGUAGCAACAGCCGUGGGUUCUCGACAUUCGGCUACUCGGGCGCGACGAUAGCUCGCCCCUCUCCGACUGCACAAACCAACACAUCGGAGAUCACCAUCGAACUCCUGAGGCAAGUGCCGAGGCAAGAGUCGAUGAAGUCUCAAAAGAAAAUGGCCGACCGUCGACCAAUCAGCACAGAGACGACCCGCUCAGCUCCUGACGUUAUCAUAGUGUCAAAACCGAUUCGCUGAGGAAGACCAUCGGGGCCCCCGCCGUGGGCCCCGAUACCCCCCGACUGGUACCCCCUGGAGCCUCGGACCUGUCCUGAGGGCUCCUACCAGCCCCAUUCGUGCAUGGACUCUUUCUCCAAGAGCAUAUCUUUUGAUAACUGUGAAGGAUACUACAGCAAAUACAUAGAUCAGGAGCCGAAGUUGAUUUACGAUUAUUAUUUGAAAAGUGACUUUAAAGCGCAGACGUUGCCAAGGAAUUUAGGCUCUUCUGUGGGGUGCAAAAGGGUGCACGCACAGCGCAGUGUGUGCUUCUACGGUGUAGAUGAUAGUCCGACGAGGAACACUUUUGUUGUGACGGCUGAUAUCGAGCCACAUAGAUAACGAAUGUUCUAGAUUUGUUUUAGUAGAUGAUAGAUAUAUUGUUUUUAGUGUCACGCUUGCGUUUAGGUGUGUUUUUGAUAUAUUUAAAAGGGCAUUUUUGGACUUUUUUGUCUCGCUCUUUGUUAGUCAAUCGGCAGCUAAUAGGGUUAACACGUAAUAGAAUUUGGAAACGUUUUGGUGCAUUGAAUUUAUGUUAGUUUUAUUGUGUUUUCACUAACAUUAGUAAUGUCUAAUUAUAAGUUACAUUGGCGUUGAAGUUGCGGAUAAAGAUGUUUCAUAAAACUAUUCAACUGGUUUAAUAAGGCGUAUGUUACAUGUAAGUGAAGCACGGCUUAACAAAGAUGUUUUUGGUCCAACUCAAGUCACGUGACACAAAAUGGCGGCAGCGAACUGUCAAAAUAUUGUAUUCAUUAAAUCUUUUGAAACUGUAAAAUCAACAGUGGCUGUGUUGAACAUUAUGCAGUAAUACAAAGUACCAAAUUGCCAUUUUUUGUAUGCAAACGAAAUAUCGAUUUUACAGAAAGUCUUUUUAUUCAAGUUUGUUAUGCUGUGCUAUAUCGCUUGCACUUUUAUACGCCCAGAAUGAUUUCGCACGCCACGCGAAAAGUCACGUUCGUAUUAAUACAGAGAAAUUUCGGCCUUAUUACAUUGAAAACCACUUGAAAAUAUGCUAGAAUUGCAUGAUUAAACAACAAAAUACCUUCUAAUUCUGCUCUUCAAAUGUGUCUGAACUACAUAAGGUCGAAAUUAUCGCGUGUUUCUCAGCUCGGCUGGUGUGCACUACCUUUUAUGCAUAAAAAUACGCAAUGUACAGACGCGGCACAAUUAAUUAAGUCUAAUUUAAUCGAUUGUAAGUUUAUCGAUUUUGUGAAUUUUAAUAGUUUUGCAAGGAAGAAUUGUGAAUAAUCGUUUUAAGAUAUCCAUAAGUAGCAUCUAUUGUAUAGAGAGCUAGGUUUCAUAAAUGAUUUUGACGACUUGCUUUGGCCUUAAUGGGUUCAUUUAAUGCGUAUUCUUAAAUCAGAGCGAGGAAAGGAAGGUUGAAAAUAGGAAAA